UUUAAAAUUUUUUUUUUAGAUGGAGGAGAUCUACUCAUCGUGGACAGGAUUUCGUCAUUGCAGAAUCGUCAGUUUCACACAAGGAAGCGUUAUAUCUGAAACUCAGUUAGUUUUUGAUGGACCACUCAGCGAAGAGGAACAAGCCGCAACAGUUGGAGAAGUGUAUAGGUUGGUUGAAGAAAAUGGGAGUAUAGGAAAUUAUAAUGUGUCAGCUAUACAGGCUGUUAAUAGUGAAGGUACUUAUGUUGCGGUAGAUCCGUGUUUUCUGCUGCCCUGUCCAACCAACUUAAUCUGCUAUGCCCAGGAGUCAAAAUGUAUUUUAACGUGCAGAGAUAACCUCGACUUUUGCCCAAACGGCGAGUGUAAAGUAAAUGAUAAUGGUAAAAAUCUUACAUGCAACAACGAUGUAACAGUCGAUCCUACAAGUAAUACAUCCCAUGAGAUGGUGAUUGCAUUGGUGCUAAUUUGCGCAAGUGUAUUUCUAGUCGUUCUUUCCUUAGUGCUGUUUGUGAUCAUUUGUAAACUAUGGAGAAAACGGAGGCAACGGAGACUGAGGCAAAAUCGUAAUAUUCAACAGCCGUUUGGUUUUGAGGACAACAAACAUAUUCGUCUUAACGGCGGCAUCUCAAUGACUAACUUUUCACACGAGAGAUAUUUAGUAGAAAUUGCCGAGCCAAUCGAAACGCCGUUUUUUAGCAGACACCCAACGGAUCCGAAUCUCACUUCCCGAGGGUCAAUUGGAUCCGUAGACCAACAUUCGAUUUUCGACAGAGCAUUUUCCAGUGCCCCACAAAGUGAUUUAGAUGAACAUGAUUAUGAUUAUGACGUCACCAGCAUCAGUAGGAAUCGGAGUGUAACAUUCAGUGAAACGCCUCAAAUAUUAGGCGAUGAUCAAUCGGUUGAAGUGUUUGGCAUUGAAAACUUUAGCUUUGGGGUGCCUAAGUACGUUGAUCGGGAGGACGACGGUGGUAGCUAUAGGGUACGCUGGGACUUCAAAGUCGAUGAUCCAGAUACAGAUAUGGACAUAGCGUUGUAAAACUAGCAAUUAAAAGAAAAUGCAUAUUACUGUAUUUUGGAUCAAAUAUAAUGUGCUAAACGGUAUUCUUGAAUUCGUACACCACCGAUGAAAAAAAAAAAAAAAAAACCGAUGAAGCCUCAUCCUUGACGUUCAUAGCUCUUCUUUUCUCUUUAAUGGGAUUUUUGUAAGUAGUUUUGCGUCAAGUGAAAGCCAACCAAUUUAUUCACAAUAUUAAAUUUUAUAUGCAGUGAAA